GAGUUGUAUCAUCUGACUCUUACUCCAAUAAUUAAGAAAACCUUUACUACUGUUCUUAUAUAUAUAGUAAGAGUUUGUGUAGCACUAUGAUAUCAAAACCAAUAUAGUAGUAGUUGUCUGUGUUUUUUUGUUUAUUAUCUUUUGAUCCUUUUUCUUUACAAAAAUGACAACUGCAAAGAUUCUUCAUGCUGAAAUUGAAUGCAAAUCUAGUGCAGAUAAGUUUUGGCCAUCACUUAGGGAUUUGGUCUAUGUUUACCCAAAGGCCUUCCCUCCUGGUACUUACAAAAGUAUUGAAGUUUUAGAAGGUGAUGGCGUUCAACCUGGUUCUGUUAGAGUCCGUACAUAUGGAGAAGGCUCUCCUAUUGCGAUGUUCAAAGAGAAGAUCGAAGUUGUUGAUGAGCAAAACAAGAUAUUUGGUUUUAGUAUCAUGGAUGGAGAUCUGAUAAAGGGCUACAAAAGUUUAAAGUGCAGCGCUCAAGUGGUUCCCAAGGAUGAAGCAAGUUUGCUGAAAUUUAGCUGUGAGUAUGAGAAGGCUGCUGAUGAGGAUAUUGUUGAGCCAACUGUUAUCGUCGAUUUUGCUGUCAAGCUCCUCAAACAGAUCGAUGACUACAGUGUCAUGCAGGCAUAAAAUAAUCACUAUCUACAUACAUAUUUAAUAUAGAGUAAUAGUGGGUGAUAACAAAUGUUUUUAUUUUAACUCAUUUUGCAAAAUGUGAUGAUUUUUUUUAUAAUGUUUUAUAAUCACCUUCUUAAUAAAGUGUGGAUCAGUGUGUUAAAUAUAAUGUUAUCUUUAUAUUGUCUCUUUAA